AUGUAUACCUCUAAGAUCGUUACCAUUGCUGUGACUCUUUUCGCUUUUGCUAUUCUUCCUACUCUUGCUGCACCUAGCCCACAACGUCCUGGUGCUUCUGCGAUUCCUCAAUCACCUGCUGCUGAAUCCGGUCUCGCCAAGCCAGAAAUUCAAGCUCAUCAUAAUGUCAAGGCUAGCAAGACCACUGGACGAAAGCAUGUUAGUCGUCGUAGCCCAUUGCAUCCUGAUGUGAUGAUGGCUCGUCGAAACAUUGGACCUUUAGCUACUGCUACUCAGCUUCUCAACGCUGCUUCAGCGAUGAACGGUGAUAUGGACUCGAUUCAUCGAUCAUUAUCAAACUUACAGGCAAACAAAAAUCUUGGGCAAUCCACUGCUUUCCAGAAAGAAGUUUCCCGUAAACUUGCUCAAUGGCAAAAACAUGCCAACAACAUUCCAACUUUGACCAACAUCCAUAAUUCCCUCAGCUACUUUGGUAGAGAUAAGGGUACAGCGAACUUGAACAAGAGUAAUGAAAUGGAGGUGACUUUGAAGAACACUGUUAACUCCAUGAAAUACUCGAUGGCUGACCUCAACUUGAUGGUCUAUCAAGUUCCUGCCUUGGGUCCCACACUUGGACCCAUCGUCUACCAGAUCAAGUGUAUCUUGGAUGAUAUUCUUAAUGGUUCAGAGAAUACCGCGGAUGUAUUACUAAACAAGUUAGGACUUGGGAAAUCAUUAGAUCUUUGCUCUUUAAUGAGUAAUAUGUCGGAGUUUUGUUAG